AUGAAUAAAUUACAUAAUACUACUACUGCUACUAUUACCACUACUAAUAAUAAUACUACUGAUGAUAAUACUACUGAUAAUACUACUGAUAAUGAUAAAUUAUCAUUACAAUCAUCUAAUAAUUAUGAUUUAGAAGUGAUUGUUGUUGGUUUAAAUAAAACUGGUACUAGUUAUUUAAAAUAUGCAUUAGAAUUAUUAUAUCAUGGUUCAUCAUGUUUUCAUUAUAUUGAUUUAAUUUAUCAAUCUAAUAAUAAUAUAGAAAAAUGGUUAGAAUUAAAUUUAUGCCAAUAUCAAACAAAAUUCAAUGGGUUCCAUUAUAAUAAACAAGAAUUAUUACGUAUAUUAUUAAAAAAUUAUAAAACAGUAUCCGGUAUACCGAUUACAUCAUUUUUAAGUGAUUUAAUACAAAUGUAUCCUAAUGCUAAAGUUAUUUUAACCGUACGUAAUGCUGAAUUAUGGCAUGCUGCAUGUCGUACAAAUUUUAUACCCUAUAAAACUAAUCAAUCUAAAUUACAAAAAAUUUUUUCAAAAUUAAAAUUAUGCUCAUGGUUAAUAAAUAUAAAUCAGAUUAAAUUAUUAUCUAUACAAAAUACAUUAGGUAAAACAAUUAAUUUAAAUAAUGAUAAUGAAUUAAUAAAUGCAUAUAGUCGUUAUAAUGAUUAUGUUAAAUUAAUUGUACCAAAUGAACGUUUAUUAAUAUAUAAUAUAAAACAAGGUUGGUUACCAUUAUGUGAAUUUUUAAAUAAACCAAUACCAUGUUGUAAAUUUCCUGGUAAUCAUAAAUUAUUUUUAUAUCAUAAUAUAAUACGUUAUAGUAAAAAAUUAUUUCAUUUAUUUAUUUAUAUUUUUAUUUAUUUAUUUAUUAUUUAUUAUUUUUUAAGUUUUUUUAGAUAAUCUCUAUGAUCCUUGAUUUUUUUAUUUUUCUUCUUUUUUUAAUUUUUCUUUUUUUGUUGAUUAUUGUUAUCA